AUGUUUGGAUUUCUCCCCAAUUUUUUAAACUUUAAUAAGGAUGAUGGUUCUGGAUCAUCAAAUCCACCACCAGCUAAGAGAGCUAGAACUGACAAAGAAAAUGUUCCGGAAAAUGACGAAGAAGAGACUAUAAUUCAAAAGACAGAAGAAGUGCAAGAGGAGGAGGAUGCAAUAGAGGCAGAAGGGGAAGAACAGAGAUUUUUGAGAUUUGACCCAGUUGAAUACGUUGAAUUCGAAGACAAUCCCAGAAUUCAAGAAGAUGAUGGAGACGAAGAAGAGCAACAAGUUGAUGCUGACAUCCCACUUGUCAAGGAUGAUGACGAAGAUAUGGAAGAUAUUGGAACUGAUGAACAUCAAGAAGGUUCAACUGAAAAUUCGUCUGAACUCCCAAAAAGAAGUAUGCGAGGAACGACUGUACAGCUAAGAGAGCAAAAACAGAAGGAGUGGAAAAAACAGGAUGAAUUGGAGAAAAAUAAAGAAUCAGCACGCGACAGAGAAAUGAGAAGAAUGCAAGAAAAAGAAGAAGAUGCUAUGCAUGUGGAUACCGUCCAGAAACCUUUGAUCAAAGAAAGUGUUCAAACAGUUGAUUAUGAUGAGAAUGCAACAUUUGUUGCCGCAGAAACUCGCCGUCGUCAGAUGAUUGAAGAUGAUCCAAUGCUGAAGGAACACUUGGAAUUUAAAAUGCCAGAAACUAUUGAACAAGACGUCAUUGAGUAUAAAACGCAUCAUGUUAUUAAAAAUUUGGAAGAAAAUUUUGAAAAUCAGAAGAAAAAAGUAGCAAAACGGAUGAGCACUCAAAAGCCAGGAUCAUCAAAAACCAACAAAAAAUUAUCGAAAAAGAGAAUCAGAAUUAUGCAAAAUAUCACUGGAAAUAGGAAAGAAGUGAUUCCAGUCUACUGUGACAUUUCAAGAAAUGUCAACGAAGUUGAUAUUCCACCUUCGUUGACUUACAAAUACUCGGACACAAAUGUCACCAGAAGAGCAAAACUGGAUGAAUUGGACAAACAGAUUGAAGAGGAAAUGAAAAAUAUAAAAUGUGAUUGCCACGAUCAAACGCCAGUAGUGAAAUGUUGGGAAAAUCCGAGUUGCCCGUGUUAUCAGACUAACUUGAAACUAAGGGAAGAAUUUCAAAUUGGAAAGAAGAAAGAUGGAAAGAAAGUGGACAACAAAAAAGAUUUUUUGGAGUAUGAUUACAAACCAACAGAAUUUGCCACACACAAGCCAGUCUACCUAAAACCAGGAUCUUUCGAUAAUGUCAUUGGGUUUGCGUGCUCUGAGUUAUGCCACUGCAAAGGUCACUGCACCAACAAUGUGACUCUUCUGGUAGACAAGAAGCUGAAUUCCUUUGAACUUGAGAGAAAAAACAAAAAUCUUGGAUUUCAAGUAAAGUCUCAAAAUUGCAUACCAGCAGGAACAGUUAUCGCAGAGUUCACUGGCGAAGCAGUAAAAUCCCAUGAUCUUGUGGAAAGAGAUUAUGCGUAUCAAGUAGUAAACCCAUACCGUAGUGAUGUUGUUACAAAGCUGCUGAAGGUCAUGGGACAUUGCCCAGAAGAAUUGGAGAAGUCAAUGCGAAAAGCGUACAGGACAUGUUUGUACAUCGAUCCAAAACAUAUUGGCAACGUGGCAAGGACCUUCAACACAAAAUGCGAGUCGAAUGUGGAAGUUUUGAGAGUUUAUCAAAAAAGCUUUUCGCCCUCCAACAUCAGGUUACUGGUUGUGACCACCGAAAGCAUAUUUCCAGGAGACGAGCUAAAUCUGGAUUAUGGCUCAGAAUAUUCGAAGUAUUUACCUGGUGGCUGCAACUGCGGAGCGGUCAGUUGUAAGAAUAACGUUGUGGCUUCGUUCCCAAACAAAAAAGACAAAGCAUACAAGAAAAAUAUGAUUGCAUUGAAGAAUAAGAUCGCUAAAGAAAUCCAAGACAAGCACUCUGCAAAAUUCAACAUUUACAAGUCACAAGUGUUGGACAAAAUCUAA